CUUUUUGUUUUAGUUUUUCAUAAAACUACAGUUGUUCUUUCUUUUUGCCUAGGAAUGGUCGAACAUUCAAUUCAAAACAGCACGAAUGACAACUCCAAAAACGACAUGAAUGCCAGCAGCGGCAACAACAACCACAACAACAACACAAGUCGCGUCGGUGCCGACUCAACGAUACGGUUCAACGGAUCCAUCCCGACUUCCGAACUCGGCAAAACCUUUGCGUCCAAACAUAUCGAACUGGCCUCAAUCGCUAUUCGUGCAACCGCCCAAACGUCCUUGUUCCCUGAACUCGCUUCUGCUCAAUUCCACCACAAUCGUCGUUAUGAAUGGAAGAGACACCCGCUUUCUCCGUCAACGUCACUACUACCUUUGCGGCUCAGCCAUAACAACAGUAACAACAACAAUAUACAUAACAACGUGUCAAAAUCGUCCGCAACGACAAGUGGUGAAGGCGGCGUCGGCGACUACGACGACGAUUAUGAUGAAUGUAGAACAAAGGUAUCAGCAUCUCGGAAAACGGUUACGUUCAAAAGGGACGUUGAUAAGAUUAUUAUAUCGGAUCCGUCAACGACACCCGAGUCCGGCUCGAAUAUCGUGGAUGAUGAUAACGACGAUCCAGAGGAUGAUACAACCGAUGAUUUUGACGAGGAAGAAGUGUUUUUCGUUGCCGGAGCUCCAGUGCCGACCCAAGAUGACGAUAAUGCCAUUAACAGUACUUUGGAAAGACAAGAGCAAGAGCACGAGCAACAACAGGAGAAUAGUGGUGAUAUAAAAAACGAUGGCAGCGACAACAGCAACGAUGAUUAUGAUAAUCGCCGCGACGACCAUGACGAUAUUAGUAGUGCUGAUAAGACUAGCGACGAUAAUGAUGAUAAUAUUCGUAGCGGGCCGCUACUGCUAUCUCGUAAAGAUGCCUCUGAUGGCAGCGCUAACGAGCAACAAGAAAGAGAGAGUCAUCACCAGCACGAGAUUAUCGACGGUGGCUCCUCGACCCCCUCGACGAUUCCAACCACAGUCGAGCGCGAUGUAAAAGAUGUAAAGGAGACCACUGCAGCGAAGAAAGAAGCUCAGCAGCAUCGGAAAGGACAGCGCAUAUCCCGAGACGAGUCCUUUCAAUCCGUGGAAAGCCAAAUCAUGGACGCCAUUCUCAAAGUCAAAGCGACCAACCAAUACCGUGCAGCGACGCCAACAAAAACCCAAAGCAUGCCUGCUCUGGUCAGCCACCGUGGCCCGGGAUCUUCUUUGGACACAAGAGAAGAGGGAGGAGAGGACGAACGUAGUAACGAAAGAUGUGCUUCUGAAUAUGGUGGCGGUGAUAACAGCAGCAGGAGCAGCAGGAGCAACAGCAGACGCAGUAUCAGCACAAACCCCACGCAGGAGCCAAUCUUAUUACGAUCUCUGACAGAUACCCCUAAAAGUCAGGACGUUGAUUUUGGAGUGUCGGUUAUGAACGAAAUCGAUAAGAUCACGUCAAAAAAGGCCAAAAAAAUCUACAAGGCGCGACAAAGCUCUACUGUUGUCCAUGCGUCAAAAACACUGCUUGACGACGGCGGGAUUGAGGAGCAGAGCGUUCAUGAGAACGGAUCCAUAACUUCAGCGAUUCCUAUGGAACCGAUAUGGCGAGAAUUUAAGUCCUUUGAGGAGGGUACACAUUUGUUGCCACCCGCUACAAGCGCUGGACAGAAGGGCAGGUUGUACAUCCGUGUUAUCGCAGCGGAGAAUCUAGAUUUUCCUAUCCACUCAGAUGCACCACAAAUUCGAUGUGUCCUCAGUAACGGGAAUUCUGAGCAGAGCACAGAAUUUCACACCAUGAAACACAACAUUUCAUUUGAUCACGAUUUUUACAUUGAUAUCGAACCAUCCUCGGAAUUUGCAAUAACGUUGGUUGCAGGUCAACCUAAAGCAAAAAGUAAUCAAUUCCGCAAGCUGCUAGGUAACCGGAGACGAUCCAGAACAGACAGUAUCUUGCGAUAUGUGAACCGAAUGGAUGGAUCACUGGCGCAGACACGAGUAUCGCUUGACAGCAUCGAGUCACAAUGUCGAUCCAAAUUAUGCACGGCUUCUUUUGCACUUAUUAACGGCUGGUACCAAUACGCUCGUCUUGGAGGGAUUAUACCGACACACAAGAAGGGUCGGCUUGGUGGUGGUGUUCCGGAAAAAGCUGUUGGAAAAAUCACGGUCAAAUUGUUUUUCCUCCCAUACGAUGGUUCCAAGAUUGAAAAGCUACCGGUCAACAUGUAUGAUUGUGAGCAAGCACUGAAUGUCCGACGUUAUUCCCGUACAUGCUGGCAGACUGGAUACAUGUCACAACUAGGAGGAGAUGUCAAGUUUUGGAGACGACGCUACUUCAGUUUACGAGGAUGGCGACUGUUUUCAUACUCUGACGUUAAACGGACGCCUAGAAUCAUCAUUGAUCUGUCCAAAGCCGUUACACUUGCUGCCGACCAUCGCAUUAUCGUUCCGCCUAGAACAGUUGACGAUUCCUCGUCAACAGCAACUGGGACCACGACUACAGUCAGCCAUGCGCACCCCUCUCAACAAGGUGAUAGAUGUUCAAUCAACAGCAACGCAACCACCACAACAUCCGAGGACGAGCUUGUAUCGUAUUCAGUCAAGAAUGGUUUCCGGAUCACGUUCAAAAACGGAGAAUCGGUUGAUUUUUUCUGCGACUCAGCAAAGGAACGUGAUGGAUGGUUGGAGGUGCUCAAGGUCAUAAUCAAUCGGGUUCCUGGCUGGCCUGAUUGGAUGGACACGGAUGGCGACGUUGAGUGCGAUUACACCGAGAACAGUGGCACAACCAUCAAUGUGCCUCCACAAGACGUUCGAUAGCGGCAAACCUUUCCUUUCUUAUUUUCUUUCUUUGUGUAUCUCCAUGUCUUGCUUCAUCAAAUCAUUUUUAUACGUCAUCGUUCCACAUCAACACCAUCACUACUUAAACCUUACCAAACUUACCAUCGUCACAUCCUUUUGAACUAUGAUCAGUGAGUGCUACUGAGUAAUUCGUGCACGCACGGCAUAAUCCGCUUACAAAUCUUCACUCUCUUCCUCCAUACAACCACCCAUUCACGAGACUACUACUAUUACUUUUGCCACAAAAUACCAAUACCCAUUUAUUUUCUGUUUUUUAUCAUUCCUCCUCAAGUAGCAUAUCUAUAUAUUUAACUACUUAAUAGUACAUAAUAUCUUAAACAUACAUAAAGAAGUUCACUUUAUGCCACUCGAAAGGAGCUUGGACGAGCCUAGUGGUGGAUGCUGCUACUGUA